UUUCCACUUCUUUGAUUAUUGUUUCUAUCUGGGAAAGCUGGAGGAGCAUGGUUUUGAGCCUUUUCCUGAAUGCAAGUUUUUCUAGCAUGCGAGGGUUCCGUAGACAGGCGCUGUGGCGGGGAGUAGCGGCGAUCCUGUCCGCUGGGAGCGACUCUCAAGUCCAGCAAAAUAUGCAACUGGUUUUAUGAAAAAAGCGAUGUGAAGUAUGGUGCCUAUUUUUUUCCCCCUCUGUAAACAUUAAAAGCAUGUUUCUAACUCUUUUUUUGUUUUUGCAUACUCUUUUUCUGAUAAGAUUUUUAUCUAGGUGGGAUUUUACGGCAGUGUUUACAAGUUUGUGGUUUUGCAAUCCUGAUACAAACCACUGAGCAAAGACGUUAAUUUUCUAUUUUUUUGGUGCCCUUUUUGGAAGCCGGUGAGAACAAAUUCGAUUUUUUUUCCUUUCUGUUUUUGAUACCCAUUGAUAACAUGAAACUUUUCUUGCAGCUGGUUACUGGGUUUAUUUUUAAGCAAAAAUACUUUUUUCCCUCCUUUAAAUUAACUAUGACUUUUGCACAUUUGACUUUUUUAAGAAAAGAAAAACCGAGAUAAUUUUAUGAUAGAUAUCCUGAUAUCUAUAUCUAUAUUAUCCCUUCUUCCUCCCCUUCUCCUCCCCGUAAAUCAAUUUUCAAAUGAUGGCAGUGGAAGGUUUUUCUGGAGAAAAAAAAAAAAAUGAAGUGCGGUUUGGUUUCCUUGUCAACGGAGGAUGAAGUGAACAGCUGAGCAGCUCGCAGAGAGCAGGACUAAAAUCCGGUGAGCCAACCAUGACCGGCAAAACCCAGACCAGCAACGUCACCAAUAAGAAUGACCCCAAGUCCAUCAACUCCCGUGUUUUCAUCGGCAAUCUAAAUACAGCCAUUGUCAAGAAAGGUGAUAUUGAAGCCAUUUUUUCAAAAUAUGGAAAAAUAGUUGGAUGUUCAGUCCACAAAGGGUAUGCAUUUGUCCAGUACAUGAGUGAGCGGCAUGCAAGAGCUGCAGUGGCCGGAGAAAAUGCCAGGAUCAUCGCAGGUCAACCGCUGGAUAUCAACAUGGCAGGAGAACCCAAACCAUACAGACCAAAACCAGGAAACAAGAGGCCCCUUUCUGCACUUUAUAGACUUGAAUCAAAGGAGCCUUUCUUGUCAGUUGGCGGCUACGUCUUUGACUAUGAUUACUACAGAGAUGAUUUCUACAAUAGGUUAUUUGAUUACCACGGGCGUGUGCCUCCACCUCCCCGGGCGGUGAUCCCGCUGAAGCGCCCCAGAGUGGCCGUGGCCACCACCCGCAGAGGAAAAGGAGUCUUCUCCAUGAAGGGGGGCUCACGGUCUGCUGUCAGCGGGUCCUCGUCAUCGGGCUCCAAAUUGAAAUCAGAUGAGUUACAGACAAUCAAGAAAGAAUUAACCCAGAUCAAAACUAAAAUUGACUCCUUGCUAGGACGCCUGGAAAAGAUUGAGAAGCAGCAGAAGGCAGAGGCAGAAGCUCAGAAGAAGCAGUUGGAAGAGACGGUAGAGCUGAUCCAAGAAGAAAGCGUGUCGGAGAACGCAGAUCACUCCACGGAGGAGCCGGCUGAAGGAGGACCAGACGCGGACGGAGAAGAGAUGACUGAUGGGAUAGAGGAGGACUUCGAGGAAGAUGGGGGUCACGCGCUGUUUUUACAGAUAAAGUGAUCUGAAGAAUUGAAGGAAGAAAAAGAGAAAUUCUGACCAGUCCAGAGACGUGAAGGGAGUUUCUUACCGGAAUGCAGCAUCUUCAGUUCAAUUUAUAUAGAAACCCAUAUAAGUUAAUUGGACAGUAUUGUUCAAUUUUAGAAAUUUUAUUUCUUCUAUGUUUUAAGCUGUAUAACUGUCAAGUUUUUAAUGGGUCAGAUUGUAACGUGUUUUUCCCUUUGCUGAUUAAGUCGGAUUUUUUUUUAAGACGAACGUCUUAAAAAUGUGAAAGAUAUUUACAAAUGGUAAAGGAAGACACUGUAUACAAAUGUAUAUUUGUAAAAGCUAUUUUUAUGAUUAGCAUGUUGUACUGUUGAUCAUAUGUUAGGUCAAUUGAUGUUGCAACUGUAUGUUUAGAACUUAUUUCCAACAAUGCUAUUUAAGAAAAUAUAUAUCAUAUGCUAGUUUUUAUAAUUUAUUUUAAUUUAUAGUUGAAAGUACUUCAGAUCAUAAGAAUAAAAUCUUGAAAAAAUUCUCUUUCUGCCCUCUACUUAGCACCACGUUUAUUAACAAAAAAUACAAAUAUUUAAGAUGUGAUUAAGUAGCUAAGGGGCUGUUUGUUUGCCCUGCAAUUGAAAAGGGAAUUCUGUGCUCUACUGAUCUGAAAUGAUUAGAUUAUUACCUUACACUGUAGUGCGAGUGCCUAUGGAAAGGUCUUACCUGUCAAUAUAGGUGAGGACCGGAUUGGCAAGGAAAAAUUUGUCUUGGUUUCAGAUCCUAUCACUUCAUUUCAUGUCUUAUUAAUAGGCACUCUCCAUUCCUAAACAUUACAAGUAUUUUCCAGAUCUCUUAGCUCUCAUCAUAUAUGUGGAAACGAAAGAAACGUCAUCACUGACUGUAGGAGAAUUCAGAGCCUACAAUUAAUUUCUUAAUAAAUAUUGUUCCUUUUAAAACAAAGUUGGUGUGUAUCAUUCCUUUGGACUGUAUGCAGUUUUACUAUUCAUUUUGAACUCUGUGUCACUGAAAUACCACAAAAAAUUAUAUUGAUGGAAACAGAAUUUAAAUAAAAUGUGACUUAGAAGUUCUAUUUGUCCACACUUUUCAUAAAGUGACUUGUAAACUAGAAAAUAUUAAUUUCCAUCUAAGUAAAAGUCAGGAGCCCUUGAUAUUUAACAGAAGUCCUUCUCUAGUUUGCUUUUCUAAAACACAUGUUUCAUUCCAGUUUUGAACUUUAAUAAUAUACUUAAAGGCAGAGAGCAAAAUUACCUUGAGAUAUUUGUGUUUUACCAUACAAAAUCUAUACCACUGUAAAUAGCUGUAAACUCCACAAGAAAGAACAGAACAGCAUGUAAUAUCACCAAGAAAGAUAAAAGAGCUCCCUUACUCAAGAUGAUCAAAAGAAUAAAACUAUAUUUAUAUGUUUUCUCUUAUCUUUCCAUUUUAAUUUAUUUAUGGUCAUCUCUCCUAUUUUUCUGUAUCUUUCAAAUAUAAACUAAUGAAAGCUUAUGCAAGUCUAUCCAACAAAAGGUAUCAAAUCCAAUAUUUUUAAAGAGAAAAAGUACUGCAAAUCUGUUAUUAAAUAAAAUAAUCACAUUUUAUAUUUAAAGUUUUUAAAAGUUUGCCCACUGUAACCUAGAUCUGGUCUAGAAAACGCUCUGCUCUUAAGAAAAUAUGAAAACCAUAAGGGGUAUUGCAAAUUUGUAACUGUCAUUAAAUUCUGAACCUGAAGAAUAAAAGCCUGCAUAUGUUUUAAUAAGGGAAUAAAGCCAGCAGUGUGAUUUUUCAGUUCAUCGCCAGAUAUAUUUAUCUAUGUGGAUAUCAGAAUGCUCCAGAAAGAAAGUUUUUCAGGUACUAUUUACUGGAAAAAUACAAAUAUGGGUGUUUCCCUACUUGCCAAUUGUCUUUAUUCAUGGUAUUCACUAAGUGUGUAACUUUAUAAUCUGUAUUAUCAUAACUUUAAAAUGUCAUCAUGUUUUUCCAGAUGUUUAUUAUUCUCAAAAUAAGAUGAAAAUUAAACUGCAUAAAAUACUU